AUGGAACGCAUGGACGUUCCUAAAUUCACAGCGAUAAUGUUCAGAACCCGCUGUCCAAAUUGUGGUAUCCCCGUACUGUACGAAAGCUGUGACUUCUUUUGCGCUUCGCUACAGGUAACCCAUCCCAGCCGGGGCGGAGGCUCCCAACUCAUUCUGAAUGACAUUGUCACCUUGCUUGGAAUAAAACGAUUAAAAAUCCUAUUCCUAUCUAUCUAUCUAUCUAUCUAUUUAUCUAUAUAUAUAUAUAUAUAUAUAUAUAUAUAUAUAUAUAUUCUUUUCAUAUCUAUCUAUCUAUCUAUCUAUCUAUCUCAUUCUUUUCAUAUCUAUCUAUCUAUCUAUCUAUCUAUCUAUAUUUAUAUCAUUUUUCAGUCUUCAUAUCUUCUCUAUCUAUCUUUUUAUGUUUUUUCAUAUCUAUCUAUCUAUCUAUCUAUCUAUCUCAUUCUUCUUCAUAUCUUCUCUAUCUAUCUUUUUAUGUUUUUUCAUAUCUAUCUAUCUAUCUAUCUAUCUAUCUAUCUAUCAGUCUGUCCAUAUCUAUCUAUCUAUCUAUCUAUCUCAGACUUUCCAAGAAAUUUAUUCAUAUCAAUCUAUCUGUCUAUAAAAUUAUCUCUCUAUCUAUCUAUCUAUCUAUCUAUCUAUCUAUCUCUUUAUUCAUCUAUUCAUAUCUAUCUAUCUAUCUAUCAGCUAUCUAUCUAUCUAUCAGCUAUCUAUCUAUCUCUCAGCUAUCAGCUAUCUAUCUAUCUACCUUCUAUUGCUGAGAGAAAUCGCUCGCUUCAACAAUGGUGCGUUUAUUUCCCAGUGUCUGUAGAUGGUGUUUGCACCAAGAUAACAGGCAAAUAUUAA